AGGUUGAAACAACGAAAACAGCUGCGAGCACAAAAAAAGACAGGCACAGAGAGGAAGGGACGUAGUCAGCCAGCAAGCGAGCUAUGUGGCAGGACUGAGUGGGAGGACGAGACUCAAACUGUCCGAUUAUUUUACCCGUCUGACAUCCAGCUAACGGCUGCUAACGGCUUUUAGCUUCGAAGUCAAUUCUCGCCCUGAAACGUUAGCUACCUGGAAUGCGACAACGCAGCAGUCAACACGGCACAGAGAUAACAAAAAGGCCAAACUCCCAGACGACAGGGACGCGUCAGUUCAAGCUGCCAGACUGUUUUUUUCCUUCCUGAGUCCACCUUUGUUGUACCGAGGAAGGAAGUAAAGACAGACAGCAAACCGGAGAGUCGAGAGCGAGAGAGAGCAGCCUGACCCAGUGGAAAGAGAAGCACAGAGGAGGACAGACAGAAAAGGCCAGCAGAGUUACCCAUCCAGCCACCAGACGAAACAGAGGAAGGAAGGAGAGAGGCAGAGACUGAGACAGCGAGAUAAACCCCAUCUCUCUAAGAGGGGAUUCUGGGUGGAAUGACCGUGUCAUGAUGCCACAGUCGUGCCGUGUCCCACGCCCAGGUGACCAAGGAGGGCGUGUCUGGCUAUCAGCCAACCACAGGGGGAGCCCCGAUAGAGUUACUGGUAUUUCCGAUUUCAGUACAGAGACGUUUCCUCUCAAGAGUGUCCUGCGUCACUGACACUCUGCCCCUCUGGCCGUAGCCUCUGUGCCCACCUCCUUAACUCCUGCGUCCUCUGGAGUCCUCACUAUUUCCUGAUCCCUGAUCCUGGGAUGUUGGCGUUGUUUCGUGGCAGCUGCCAUGGAGAUAAACGGAUUCCUUUAGCAGAUAAUUUUAGACACAACCUCCAGAUGUUGUGCCAGAUGCAGGUUGUCCACACGGGCAGAAUUAGACAAGGACGGGCACAGAGGUGCUGUGCGGCUCAGCUUCCUGAUUCACAUUGUUUGACAACAUCACAGCAGGAAGUAUAGGACUUCCUUCUACUGUGGAACAUCUUGCUCUGCCUCCUGGCAUUUGUGAGGACCUGCUUGACCGUGUUGCAAGUUAGUCAAGACUAUCAUCCUCCAGCAUAGCAACCAUGCGGCACAUUCACGUGGAGUUAGCCCACAAAAAGGCUCCAUUAGAUCUUCCAGCCCAAGAGGGGGACCUGCCUCCACCUACAGCCCCAACACAGGGCCUAGACCCUGGUGUCAGACCAGGGGCGCCCAGGCACUUUGGCCAGGAGGAGCUGCGGCUCCAAAAGGUCUACCAGCUCUCCAUUUUCUCCCAGUUGGGGGGAUUUUCUACCUCCACAGAAUCCCACACUGAUACUCAACAGAGGCCUGUCCGGUUUGGCGUGAAAAGGGGGCUAGAGGAGCCCCAGUUGACUCAUAAGCGCCCCCACCUGGGGGACACCUUAGACAAGGAGGAGUUAGAGGGAGGGGUGCUGUGUGGCCCCGCUCCAGCUCAAGGUGUCGGGAUGGGCUUAGCGACGGGCCCUGGUGGGCCUGGUUCUGUAUACUCUUGCACACAGAUGGAGCACAGAGACUCGGAGGGGGGACUGUCACCCAGGUCUCCACCCCUCUCCCCAAGCCACAACCCCUCCCGACGCCCAACUCAGCACAAUCAUGACAGGCCCAUUCCUGAUGUAUUUGCUCCACUCUCACCUAAAUCACCCCCAAUGUGUGACCCACAUGGCCAUCUGUGUGACCAGGGUCAUCCCCUCGGAAGCUCAGCCAGGACUGAGCCGCCUAACGGGGGCCACACACCCACCUACUCACUAGGUAGCCCUGCACAUGAGAGCUGUAGUAACGGCUCAUCUGGAGGCCAGCCCAGCCCUCACUUAUAUGAAAUGUCCACAUACGAGACUCCCAACCCAGCCAGUCCCACCAGUCCCCCAGGCCCUUUUUCCCCCCCGCACCACACAGAACUGCAGGAGCCAGGGGAGGCCACCGAAUGGGACAUUGGACUCGAAUCCUCCCCACCUGAGCGAAGUGCCACCCAGGCUGCCUCCUCAUCCUCUAACGGCCUGGCUUCCUGGGAGAAAACUCCCAGCAGUAAUGGCCACCGUCUUUCCUCUGUAGGCCACUGGCCAGCCAAAAAGAGGCUUCUGUCACCGAGCGACACGGGCGAGUCAUGCUCAGAAGAUGAGGGACCCUCCACAUCCAAGAGGAGCAGGCUGUCAUUGCUGGCAACAGGACUUGGCCCGGCAUCAUGUCGCAGCACUGAUGCUAAAGCUGCCCCUUACUGGAACCACCUGCUUCCCUCUAAGACCGCCACAGACUGCACAAGAUCAGGGAGACGGCUAAAAAGUGGGCUGCGGCUGAAAAGUCGGCAGCUGCGCAGCGGGAGACACACAGACACCGGCCGCUCCACACGUUCCAGCUGGCCCUCAUCUUCCAUCAGCAGAUCACUACUUGGCAACUUCGAGGAGUCCAUUCUGAAGGGACGAUUCUCCCCGUCAGGCCGGAUCGAAGGCUUCACGGCAGAGAUCGGUGCCAGCGGCUCCUACUGCCCACAGCACGUCACCCUGCCGGUGCAGGUUACAUACUACGACAUCUCAGAGCACAGCGCACCCUCACCCUUCCUGGGUGUGAUAUCCCUCGAGCCUCUUGGAAAGAAAGGAUACAGCAUACCCAAAGCAGGGACCAUUCAAGUGACCUUAUUUAAUCCCAACAAAACUGUGGUGAAGAUGUUCCUGGUGACCUAUAACUUUGGCGACAUGCCCGUUAAUCACAUGACCUUCCUGCGGCACCGCAUCUUCCUGGUGCCUGUAGAGGAAGGGGUGGAGGGGAAAAGCGAGGCAUCUCCAGGGAGCGGAGUGCUAGACAGGAAGAAGAUUCUCUGCUACCUGAUACAUCUCAGAUUCCAGAGCUCUAAAUCUGGGAAGAUCUACUUGCACAAUGAUAUCCGGCUGCUAUUCUCCCGCAAAUCCAUCGAAGUGGACACAGGGAUCCCUUAUGAGCUGAAAUCUUUCACCGAGGUGCCAAGAAACCCUAAAUACUCCCCCCGUGUGUGACCCCAGCGUGACCCCUUGACCCUCCCCGACGCCAAAGCAGCCCCUCCUGUGCUUCCUAAAGAGGAGGGAGGGAAACAGACAGACUGCUAGAAUGAUGAACACAAAACUUGAUAAGACUUGAUGAGACAUGCCACAUGCACACAAGACACAUGUGCACAUAUGAUACAGUGUUGGUGAUCGUAAAAGUCCCGCUUUUAAUACAUUUAUUCUCAGCUGAAAAUUCAGAGUUAAAACAAAUUAGUGACAUAAAAUGUCACUCAAACAAACACUGCAUUCCUUGUAUCUUCCAUUCAUUGAAUAUAUUAAGAAAUAUUACACUUAUUAGUGUGUAAGAGCAUGCAGGCACAAGCAGGACUUUUACAACACCACCUGUACAAAGAAAGAAAUGCACAAACACUGACGCACACACCAAAACAGACUGACAAGACUCAUGCACAGCACAUACUACACACACGUCACAGCUGAAACACUUUGGUGGUGACUUUCUGAGUUCAGUGUUAACAUGCAUGCCUUGUGACUUAAACACCUGAAUUUUCCUCUAGUGCCGUAUCACACUGUCCUUCACUCUGCCUGCAGCUCCAACCGCCUCACCGGACCAAUAAUUGCAGAAACUUUUGAUUUAGAAAAAAAAUGCCGCAAGCAACAAGCACAUCCCUGAUUGCGGGGUGAAGAAAAUGAUCACCCCCCUCCCCCACUUCUCACACACUUUCUGACCAGCAGAGAGGAGACGAGCAGAGACACAAACACUAGUGAAAGCAAAGGCUGAAAUCAAAGCAGCCAUCUUGAUCCCAUGUCAUUUAUCACAUGAUGGAAAAAAACCCACACUGACAUGAUUUGACCAAACUCAGGACAUGUGUUGAAGAAUUCAUUUCUCUUCUUACCAUUUCACCCAUCAUGGUACAGACUGCUGUGUUCGCUUCAAGGCAGGAGGGUCAUACCAUGUCAUGAAAAACAGGGGAAUCCAGUUCAUUUAAUGUAGCCAGACUGAGGGACACUGUGCUGUUUUUCUUUUAUAAAUUUCUCUUCUUUUUUUAGAUUCUGUUCAGAACAGUCUGAUGUUGGAGCAGAAAAUGAAAAAAAUAAACAAGCUGUAGUAUUUUUAA